AUCUAUGCUUCUUUGAAGAGGAAAUAAUGAAAGGCUUCCUUAGGGGUCUUAUAUGCUUAAUCUUGUUCUCCAGUAUAAGUGGAGCUGCUGCAGUAGACACUAUUGUUCCAGGCAAAUCAAUAAAAAUUGGUGAAACUCUAGUUUCAUCCAAGGGAAGCUUUGAGCUUGGAUUCUUCAGAAGUUCCAGGGGUCUGUACUUGGGGAUAUGGUACAAGAAACCAGCAACUCAUACAGCUGUGUGGGUAGCUAAUAGAGAAAAUCCACUUUCUGAUGGUGAAGGGGUUCUGGUACUGGACUCAAAGGGAACUCUUGCUCUUCUUAAUAGCACAAAGGAUGUCAUUUGGGCAUCCAAUACAUCAAGAAGUGCAGAAAACCCAGUUGCUCAACUCUUGGAAUCGGGCAAUCUUGUAGUGCAAGAUGAAAAAAAUUACAACGAAGAGGACUAUCUGUGGCAGAGUUUUGAUUAUCCUUCCGAUUCAUUAUUGCCAGGAAUGAAGCUUGGAAAGAACUUAAAAACCGGGUUUGACAGGUUUUUAUCAUCCUGGAGAAGCGCAGAUGACCCAGCUCCAGGUAUAUACUCUGUACGUAUAGACACUCGAGGGUUUCCACAAGUAGUAAUUGAGAAGGGAUCUAAAAUUCGGGGCAGGGCAGGGCCAUGGAAUGGUAUUGGUUUUGCAGGGCGUCCUGCUAAGCCAAAUUCAAUAACUUCAGCUCAAUAUGUGUUGAAUGAUGAAGAGGUUUAUUAUAGGUAUGAGCCUGAAGAUAGCUCAGUUAAAAUAAGGAUGGUGGUGAAUUCAUCUGGGGUUUUCCAGAUCUUUGUUUGGAAAAAUGGAAUUCAUGAUUGGGAGCUUCUGAUGAUGCCUCCACCUGAUAUCUGCCACAACUAUGCCUUAUGUGGAAAAUUUGCUAGCUGCAAUGUCAAUAGAUCUCCUGUAUGUUCAUGUCUUGAAGGAUAUCUGCCCAAAUCUCUAGUAGAUUGGAAUUUAGGAAAUUGGUCUGGUGGGUGCAUUAGAGAUACACCCUCGGAAUGUGAAAAAGAUGCGUUUCUCAAGCAAACGUGGUUGAAAUGGCCGGAUACAUCAAAUUCCACUGUAAACAUGACAAUGAACCUCAGGGAAUGUGAGCAAACAUGUUUGACAAACUGCUACUGCACAGCAUAUACAAAUGCUGAUGUCAGAGAUGGAGGAAGUGGCUGCUUGCUGUGGUUCGGUGACUUGAUUGAUAUACAAGUUCUCACACCAGGAGGACAAGACCUCUAUAUAAGGCUGGCCCCUUCUGACAUGGGACUGAAAAAGAGGCAUUUAAGAAAUGAUUACAUGAAUGAUGGAGAAAAAGAAGACAUGGAGUUGCGGAUGUUUGAUUUGGAAAUUAUAGCUAGUGCGACAGAUAACUUUUCAAUCAAUAACAAGUUGGGACAGGGUGGCUUUGGUCCUGUGUACAAAGGUACAUUGUUAGACGAGGAGCAAGACAUAGCAGUGAAGAGGCUAUCAAGGAGUUCAGGACAAGGGCUUCAGGAGUUCAAGAAUGAAGUUAUCUUGAUUGCAAAGCUUCAGCAUCGAAAUCUCGUAAAGCUUCUUGGUUGUUGCAUUGAAGGAGAUGAAAAAAUGUUAAUCUACGAGUACAUGCCAAAUAAAAGUCUAGACUACUUUAUUUUUGAAAGAAGCAAGCUAUUAGACUGGAAUAGGCGUGUGAACAUUAUUGGUGGAAUUGCCCGAGGACUUCUUUAUCUUCAUCAAGAUUCUAGAUUGAGGAUCAUUCAUAGAGAUCUGAAAGCUGCCAAUGUUUUGCUAGAUAGUGAAAUGAAUCCUAAAAUCUCAGAUUUUGGCAUGGCCAGAUCAUUUUGUGGAGAACAAACUGAGGCCAAUACUAACAAAGUCGUUGGAACAUAGUAUGCACACCUGAACUUGCUCCUUUUCAUAUUCCGCUAUUCCUUUUGUUUCCACUGAUCUUCAUUCUACUUUUUCAGUGGUUAUCUGUCUCCUGAGUAUGUUGUGGAUGGACUUUUCUCAAUUAAAUCUGAUGUUUUUAGUUUCAGGGUUUUGGUACUUGAGAUAAUAACUGGGGAAAGGAAUAGAGGAUUUCGACACCCAGAUCAUGAUCAUAAUCUUCUUGGACAUGUAAGUAUAAAGAAUGACAUUGUAA